CGAGAAUCCGAGAUCCACUCCUCCUCCUCCUUCGAUCUGCAGAAUGGGAGGCCGGGACGGCGGCGCGGGCGGCGGCGGCGACGGCGGCAGUAGUGUGAUGCGGAAAGUUGUGGCGUCGUACGCGUACGUUUCGAUCUGGAUCAUGCUGAGCUUCACGGUGAUCGUGUACAACAAGUACAUCCUGGACCCGAAGAUGUACGGGUGGCCCUUCCCCAUCUCGCUGACCCUCAUCCACAUGGCCUUCUGCUCGUCGCUGGCCUUCGCGCUGGUCCGCGUGCUGCGGCUCGUCGACCCUCCGAGCGCGCCCCCGAUGUCGGCGGCGCUGUACGGGCGGUCCGUGGUCCCCAUCGGCGCGCUGUACGCGCUCUCCCUCUGGUUCUCCAACUCCGCCUACAUCUACCUCUCCGUCUCCUUCAUCCAGAUGCUCAAGGCGCUCAUGCCCGUCGCCGUCUACUCCGUCGGCGUGGCCUUCGGGAAGGAGGGCUUCCGGGCCUCCGCCAUGGCCAACAUGCUCUCCAUCUCCCUCGGCGUCGCCGUCGCCGCCUACGGCGAGGCCAGGUUCGACGCCCGCGGCGUCGCCCUCCAGCUCGCCGCCGUCGCCUUCGAGGCCACCCGCCUCGUCCUCAUCCAGAUCCUGCUCACCUCCAAGGGCAUCUCCCUCAACCCCAUCACCUCCCUCUACUACGUCGCCCCCUGCUGCUUCCUCUUCCUCCUCCUCCCUUGGUACUUCGUGGAGCUGCCGACGCUCCGCGCGGCGGCGUCGUCGUUCCGGCCGGACGUCGUCGUCUUCGGCACCAACUCCGUCUGCGCGUUCGCGCUGAACCUGGCGGUGUUCCUGCUGGUCGGGAAGACGUCGGCGCUGACCAUGAACGUGGCCGGGGUGGUGAAGGACUGGCUGCUAAUCGCCUUCUCGUGGUCGGUGAUCAAGGACACCGUCACCCCCGUCAACCUCUUCGGCUACGGCAUCGCCUUCCUCGGCGUCGCCUACUACAACCACGUCAAGCUGCAGGCCCUCAAGGCCAAGGAGGCCGAGAAGAAGGCCGCCGCCGCCGCUGCUGCCCUGCAGGCUCACCACGACGACGAGGAGGAGGCCGGCGCGCUGCUGCUCCAGGAGAGGGAACCCCAGCGGAAGAACAGCGAUUCACAGACCUGAUCAUGUUAGUUUUGAUCUCUUAUAUAUUCUGCAUGCCCAAAUUUCUUGUUUAAUUCAUCUCUUCUUAAUUCAAUGUGAAAGGGAGAUCUCGCUUAAUUUCUUUCUCUUCUAAUUUACUUGAUUCAUCACAGUUAGAUCUGCUCCCUUCUUUCUACAUGAGAAUUUGAGAUUCACCGGCUAUGUUAUCAUGACUAUUGGUUAUAACUCGGUUGUUACAAUUCGUGAA